AUUUCGAAACAUUCGCAAGGGCCUAUCGAGCGACAUGCCCUAAUCACAUGUUACUACCGACUUGAAUGUGUUGGUUUGACUAUUCUCAGGUUGUGUGAUUAUUGCUAGUGUGACUUUGUCGCAAAUGCCCUGUGAAUUUGGUCGAGCCUAAGACAAGACAAGACAGCUCGCGUUACGGGCUUGGCUCCGUGUUUGGGAGCCCAUUUGACGUUUUUGGUGUUGUACUGUUUUCGUUACCACAGGGAUAUUCUCAUCGAAUUUCGCAGUGUUUGCAGCCAGAGAUGUCUAUCUCCUCUGUGUGACGAAGAGCAAGCAAAAUUUCUCCCCUCGCACUGACAACUCCAACGAGAGCUCUUUUUCACAUUUAUACACCACUGUUGUGUAAAGUGUGCACGCAUCAUGCGUGCGUUUGUUUAUUUCCUUUUACCUCUUCCACUGAAUCGCACCAAAGUGCUAGAGCAUUAGCUAAUAAAUUCUCUGAGGUGGAUGCAGAUAUUUUCACAGAGGUGUACACGCCGGUGAGCACUCUGCUGUAUGGUUUUCGUAGAUGAAGCGUGGACACGCAAAAUCAGCAAAAUAAAACAAUUUAUCGUAAAAAUUUCGGUUUUCCUUGCAAACUUUUCAUAGCAAGGCCAGAUCUACUCUCUAUUAAUUGAAGUUCACAGAAGUGUUCGCUCACCAUCACGCGCCAGUGGUCACUUGGGUGUAUUGUGCAUGCAGAUAAAAAUCGGAAGCGACGUCUCUCUCGCCUGAUUAUGUUGCUCCAGCGAAGUUCACCGUGCCCCAAUGGGUAAACCAUCUGAUUUAUCGUCUUCAGCAUUUUCUGUAGUUACCAUUCAUCAGUAUCGGGUUUUGUAUGAAAAAUGUGUACAAUUAAUCAAUUCUGAAUGGCCUCGUUCGUACAACGCUCGUUUGCGCAGUUUGGAAGCUUCGAGAGACACGCUACCAACUAGCAUGGUGGUCAUCAAAAAUACCGAUAGCAUUAACGAAACAACAUCAGUACUAGCACAUGCCAGAUUAUCUCCUGUACCAUCGGACUCAUCAGCGGUGUUUAUCGAGUCGGUUGUAGUGGACCGAAGAUUCCGUGGACAAGGCCUUGGAAAGUUACUGAUGACUGAAGUGGAAAAACACUGUUUUAGUGCAUUGCAUCUCAAAACUAUUUUUUUGUCGACAAUUGAUCAAGAUGGCUUUUAUAUUAAGUUAGGCUACCAGUUUUGCAAGGCUAUAAAUAUGUUUGGUACCCACUGUGCCUUAAACAAUUCCACGAAAAAGAUUUGGUUGAGAAAAUCCGUUAUGUGAUCGCUAAUUUGAGACAAUUCAAAUACAUUUACCAAUGGAAACUAGUAUAGAA